GCCUGUCAGCCCGCUCCGUGCCUCUCCAGGCCGUCCGCCCGUCCGGACCCGCCGCUACCCGGACAGAAAGUUGCCUAAAUACCGAUGCAAACCCUCCAGAAACCUCCAUGGAAUCAAACUGAGAGUGAGCCGGGGCUGCAGAAGCCGAGGGCGCCGCCAUGAACGACCGGUACCACCGGGCGGCCAGGGACGGCUACCUGGACGUGCUGAAGGAGGCCACACGGAAGGAGCUGAACGGCCCGGAUGAGGAUGGGAUGACACCGACCUUAUGGGCCGCGUACCACGGCAACCUGGAGGCGCUCCGGCUCAUAGUGGCGAGAGGGGGCGACCCGGACAGGUGUGACAUCUGGGGCAACACACCGCUUCACCUGGCAGCUGCCAAUGGCCACCACAACUGCCUGUCCUUCCUGGUGGCUUUCGGUGCCAACGUGUGGUGUCUGGACAACGACUACCACACACCGCUGGACAUGGCCGCCACCAAGGAACACAUGGACUGUGUUCGCUACCUGGACUCCAUCGCUGCCAAGCAGAUCACCCUCAACCCAAAGCUGGUCAACAAACUCAAGGACCGGGCGUUUCGAGCCGCCGAGCGCCGCAUCAAAGACUGCGCAAAGCUCCAGAGGAAGCACCGUGAACAUAUGGAGAGGAAGUUCAUGAAGGAGUCAGCGGCUUUAGACAACUUGGAUGCUAUCAGCUUUUCGAGCUACGCCAGCGGCAGCACACUGAGCAAGUUCAACACUGUCACCUCCAACAUGCCAUACUCGCAGGCCACCCUGCUCUCUACAGCCAAGGGCAAGGCCAAGAUACAGAAGAAGCUGGAGAAGAAGAAGCAGGUUGAUGGGUCGUUCAAGAUCUACGAGGACGGCAGGAAAAGUGUGCGCUCGCUGUCCGGCCUGCAGCUCGGCAACGACGUCAUGUUUCUCAAACAGGGUACAUACGCCAACCCCAAGGAGCGCUCUCGCCUCAACAUCCGCGACAUGUUCCACCCUAACAAUGACAAUGACGACGACGACGACGACGACGGUGUCUCCCGUGCCAUGAGCGACCCCGGCCUCCACGAGGCUGCGUAUUCGGAGAUCAGUGCCGACUCCGGACGCGAUUCACUGUUCAACCGCCCAGGGCUCGGCACCAUGGUGUUCAGGAGGAACUAUUUGAGUGCAGGCAUGUUUGGUACCGGGGCACGGGAGGAAGGGAGUGUAGUAGGGAGUGAACCUGUGGGCCGGGCACCCAAUGUUCGUCUACGAGGACGUCUGCCCCGCCGCUCGCCCAGCUUCGAUGAGGACAGUAUCGGCAGCGCCUUGAGCCUGCAAGAAAGAAACCUUCAGGAGUUGCCCUGGGAGGAGGCUGAUGUUGGGUUGGAUGAAGACUUGGAGCCGGAGAGCAGUCCGCUGGAGACCUUCCUGGCCUCUCAAAGCCUCAUUGAGUUCAUGGCGAUCUUCAGGCGGGAGAAGAUCGACCUGGAGGCUCUGCUGCUUUGUUCAGAUCAGGACCUCGCCAGCAUUCACAUCCCUUUGGGCCCCAGGAAGAAACUUCUGGAUGCCUGCAAGAAACGUCUGGACACCAUAGAUGAACCAGAGGCCAUUGAAGACACUGAGCUCUGAAGGAUAAACACACUUGAUGCUCGCUGUCCAGACUGAAAUUUGGAAAAGAAGUUAUCAAUGCUUUAUGGAAAAGCUUUGCCACAAACUGUACACAUGGAUACAUGUUUUUUUUUUAAAGGAUUCCUUUCCAAUAAAUGUAGCCUGACAUGUUA